AUGUAUUCAGGAAACCACUAUAAACUUUUCAGUAAACCACCACCAGAAGACCGGUUGUUAGAAUUACAGAUUAAAGAAGCUUUAGCAGCAUCAUUAAAAGAAUCUGGUGGUAAUGACAAUGAUAAAUCAGUUUUUAAUGAUGUUGAUGAUGAUAAUUGUUUUCUUGUUAAUGAUAAACUAACAUCAACACAAAAAGAUCCAGAAAAAGAUAUUAAAGUCAAGAAUGAUGAUGAAAUAGAAGUGAUAUCUACCACUGUUUCUGAUUCUCCUCUGAUCUACAAUGAUUAUUUUAUUGUAGAUACUAAAGUGAAGAAUGGAGAUGAAAUAGAAGUGAUAUCUUCUACCACUGUUUCUGAUUCUCUUCUGAUGUACAAUGAUUAUUAUAUUUUAGAUAGUAAAGUCAAGAAUGGAGAUGAAAUAGAAGUGAUAUCUACCACUGUUUCUGAUUCUCCACCUCGAAAACGACAGAAAACGUCUAAAUAUAACUGUAUAGAUUCUGAUUCAGAUAAUGACAAAGAUAGCACAUAUGGUGCAGAGAGUGAUGCUUCAGAUGAUGAUGACUUUGACCCAGAUAAUAAUAAUGAUGAUGAUGAUGAUAACAUUAAUAAAAAAUCACAAGUUAAAAAGAAAAAUAAUCAAACUAAAACUGUUACAAAUGUGAGCAAGACACCUGUAUUAAAAUCAACUGUGAAGACACCAAAAGUAACGAAAUCUGUCAGUAAACUAAAACCCAAGCUACCUUCAACACCAAAAGUGACUAUAAACACUCCAGGUGUAGCAUCUGUAGCAUCUGGAACUAUAACACCUAAAUCUACACAGUUAUCUAGAACACCUGGUUCACUCCCACGAAAAAUACCAUCCUGGACACCUCCAGGUCCUGCUGGAAAACAUAGUGGUGAAAGUAUUAAAUCUCCUGGUGGUAUAAGAAUUGGACUAUCAAGACAGCAACGUGUUAAAACAUUACAUCCUUCAUUAACUAUACAACCUUAA